AAUGAAUUCAAUGAAAGAAAACACAAAACAAUUUGUAAACACAAUACCAAAGGAUAUCAUGCUUUCAAUUGAUUGUCAUUUCAAUAGCAAUCAAACCAUCGCUUAAUCGCAGACUACUUCCCGACACAACAACUCAAGACACUAAACCUCGGGAACCAUUGACGACCUCCGCAGACACUACGCGAACGCAAACCUAAUGCCAGGCUUUGACUCGAAGCGGUUCAUCGGUCUCGAGGACUGGUUGGCCAAAGAGCUCGAGUGCUCGAUAUGUCUUCACGUGUACGACCGGGCGGUGGACACCAACUGCGGCCACACCUUCUGCAGGGAUUGCUUGCAGCAGACGAUUAGCAACAAUCGGUUGGUGUGUCCGCAGUGUCGCCACGAGUCGGUCCGCAAACGGCAGCGAAGUCUCACCGCCAAUGAGUGCAGCGUUAAUAUCAACGAAUCCCUCUUUAAGGCCAACCGUCGAGUGGACAGUAUUAUCGGCCGAUUGCGGACGUCGUGCGACUUCGAGGACAAGGGCUGCGACGAAGUGCUGGAGUUGGGCUCACUCUCAGCGCAUCUCGAGAAAUGUAAUUACAAUCUGUGCGAGAAUUGUGGCCUCAAAGUCGGCAAACGUCUCGACCAUAACUGUCUGGAACUGAUGAAGAAUGAAAGGAAACGCUUCAUGAAUAGUAUCAUUGGUUAUAAAUUCAAAUUAAAUCAAACUAAUAAACGACUCAAAUGUCUGGAGACGAAGAACAAAGAGCUCGAGGAAGAGAUCAAGCUUUUGAAGGGCAGCGCACCAGCCGUUACCACAGCCGCGGCCGCCGCUCAGCCCAAGACCACAUCCGUUACCGUCGGCGCAGUGGCGCACAAAACCCGUAAUUAUGGGAUCAAAACGCCGAAACGUGUCCGCACUGUCACCAAAACUAUCAAUAUAUACAACGAAUUGGGCAAAAAGCGGGACUCCUAUCGCAUGACAAACAAACAAACGUUUGACGAUUUGGUCAAAUCGGUGGCCAAGACCUUCGACACCGAUCCCCAACCCCUUAGCAUCACAUUCAACGGCUCUCAAGCCAUCGCCCGAACGGACACAAUCACUAAAUUGAAUAUACCAUCCAAUAAGCGGUCGGUUAAAGCCUACUAUCAGUCGGACCAGAAUAUCGUCAAUAUUAAUCUGUAA